AAACCCCCAUAAAUAAAAAAGCGAGCGUGAUUUGAAAGAAUCAUUGGACUUGAUCUAUUUAGCGAACGAUAAUGACUCUUUCAACACAACAAAGUGAUGAAGAUUCGCAAUUUAUUCUGGUGGCCAAGGUGGACAAUGCCAGGAAUGUAUCCAACGUUCUCAAAGCCGUACACUUCAAGGAUAAAGAGCUAGCAACAGUCUUUGCCAGCGAGAAUGGUCUGAAAGUCACUGUUGAAGAUUCCAAGAGCGUCCAGGCAAACGCCUUCAUCCAAGCUGGCAUCUUCCAGGACUAUGUCAUCAAGGAGCAGUCAGCAACGUUUAUGGUCAACCUCACCAUCUUGCUGGAAUGCCUGACAAUAUUUGGGAGUGGGACGGCAGGCGUGACCCCUGCCCUGAAGAUGUGCUAUGGUGGCUAUGGUACUCCGCUACUUCUACUAUUGGAGGAAAAUGGUGUGGUAACUGACUGCAGUAUUAAGACCAUGGAACCAGAGGAAACACUAGACUUCAAUUUCUGCAGCUCCAACGUGGUUAAUAAAAUCAUCAUGAAGUCGGAUUGUCUGAAGGAUGCAUUCCAGGAGUUGGACAUGACCAGCGAAGUCUUGGAGAUCUUGAUGUCUCCAGAUAAACCUUAUUUUAGACUGUCAACAUUCGGGCAUGCUGGUAGCGCUUAUUCCGACUUCCCAAAAGAUUCAGACCUUGUGGAGUCCUUCCAAUGUUCCAAGACACAAACAAACAGGUACAAAGUGGUCCUCCUUAAGCCUACAGUGAAGGCGUUGAUGUCCUCCUCCAAGGUGUCAAUACGAACGGAUAACAGAGGCUUUCUCUCACUCCAGUACAUGAUCCGAAAUGAAGACGGACAAAUUUGCUUUGUGGAAUAUUAUUGUGCUCCAGAUGAGGAAAGUGAAGAGGACAACGAGUGAGGAGCCAUCUUAACUCCGAGGGUGCCAUCUUGUGUUCUAGACACCAAUCCAUGUUUCCAGACUGUUACAUCAACCAUACCAUGAAAGGAAACCAGCAAGAUGAAGUGAGGCAUACCUCUGAAGAUGAAAUCUGAAGGUGGUCAGCUCUUUGUUUCCUAUUCUUUUCAUCACACAAUGACUGUGAGUUCUCUUGCUAUUUAUCACAAAUGUGAUCACUGUUGUCGUGAUGACAGUUCAAAUGAACAAUCCACUUGUUUCAAAUUGUCCAGGGGUCGAUUUCACAAAGAUAGUCCUAAAAGUCCUAGCUUAGUACCAGUCCUGUGACUCUUUAGGAACUAUUACAGACUUGAGGCCCAUCCUAAGUUAAGGUGAGAGUAACUCUUCUUUAAAGGCAGAGGAUACUAUUGGUAAUUACUCAAAAUAAUUAUC